AUGGAGCACCUCACGGUUCACCUGCAGCGCCUCGAGCAAUUGCUUGAGCGGCCGCUCUUCCUGUGGAAGAAGCAUGUCCCACCGUUGCAGCGCAUUGCCGACUACCUCGACCGACCCCUCUUCCCGUGGAAGAAGCUCGUCAUUGGCUUCUCGCUCUCUCAGUUCUGCUUUGAAUCCUUCCUUCUCCUCCGCCAGUACCGCGUCCUCCGCAACAAGAAACCGCCCAAGGUCCUCCGCCAGGAGGUCUCCCAAGACGUCUACGACAAGAGCCAGGCCUACGGUCGUGCCAAGGCCAAGUUCACCUUCUUCAGCGGUCUCUACGGUCAAAUCCAGAAUGUUGCCUUCAUCCACUAUGAUGUCCUUCCAAAGCUUUGGGCAUGGACAGGCGAUCUGCUCUUGCGAUACGCUCCCGCGCGGUUCACGGGCGAAAUAAGCCACUCCAUCGUCUUCGUCCUCACAUUCACUGUCGUUACUCAACUGCUAUCCCUACCUGUCAAUCUCUACCACACGUUUGUCCUCGAGGAGAAAUUCGGUUUCAACAAGCAGACACCCAAGUUAUUCUUCAUGGACAUCCUCAAGACCAACAUGUUGACCGUGGUUCUCGCUCCGCCGAUUCUUGCCGGUUUCCUCAGCAUCGUCCAGCGCACAGGCACUCAGUUCUUCUACUACCUCUGGAUGUUCACCGCCGGCCUCCAGAUGUUCAUGAUCACUGUCUACCCUAUCUUCAUCCUGCCAUUGUUCAACAAGCUGUCCCCUCUCGAGGAGGGCAAGCUCAAGAGAUCUACGGAGAAACUCGCCGCCAAGCUCAAGUUCCCGCUCAGAGAGCUCUUCGUCAUUGACGGUAGCAAGCGCAGCGCCCACAGCAACGCCUAUUUCUUUGGUCUCCCCUGGAAGAAGCACAUUGUCAUCUACGACACGCUGAUCGAGAAGAGCAGCGAGGAAGAGGUCGUCGCAGUUCUCGCUCACGAACUGGGUCACUGGAAGCUCGGCCACACCACCAGUCUUUUCGCCAUCUCGCAGGCCCAUGUCUUCUACAUCUUCCUCCUGUUCUCCAUCUUCAUCAACAACAACUCGCUGUACCGCGACUUUGGCUUUGGCAGACAGCACCCCAUCAUCAUCGGCUUCAUUCUCUUCUCCGAUAUUCUGGCUCCCAUGGAUUGCGUUAUCAAGCUCCUGAUGAACAUCAUGAGCCGGCGCUUUGAGUUCCAGGCCGACAAGUUCGCCCUUGGCCUCGGGUACAGAGCUGAGCUCGCUGCCUCGCUCAUCAAGCUCCAGGUGCAGAACCUAAGCACCAUGGAGGCUGAUUGGAUGUAUGCCAGCUACCACUUCUCGCACCCGAUCCUGUCGGAGCGCCUCCGCGCUCUUGGCUGGAGUCCGUCAGGUAGGGUGUCCAAGCACAAGGACGACAAGCACGGCAGCUCUACUGGCGUCGAUCUAUAG